AAUGGAGAUUUGAGUCAUUCCCAACAUUUUACGACACAAGUCAGGUAAGUACUGUAAACAGCAUAUCAUCAGUUCAUUUGAAAUUCCCCUCGGAUGUUUUUUUAGAGCACAAAAGUAGGUCCGGGAAAAAGAGGAUGUCUGGUCCACCUCCAAACACAAUCACGUGUCCACAGUUAAGUGAAGUCUCACUUGCGGAACUUGACUGCCGAUGGACAAGCUUUCCUUUGAGACGGAAAACAGCAUGAAGGAUACAUUUUGCAUUUCAAAUUCACUAUUUGGAUCUGGAGGACAACAAGAAUGUGGCGCUUGCUAUUUCAUCAGCAUGCAGUCGGUCAUAGGCAUUAUUGUCUCUGAUAUCGUCUUGACAAUCUUCAUUGCGGUUUCUGUCUUCUACUUGCUAAUACUCCACAAGAAAAGAACACAGGAAGACGCAAAAAGGCAUGGACAACCCAAACCGGAUGAGAUAACAGAAUCGCCCUAUCAGGAAUUACACGGAAUUCAAUCGGAUGUGUAUAGUGAACUUCAACACUUCAGGAAAUGAAACUUUUUUUUCCCAUUGUAUUAACUUUUUGAAUUGUACCGUCCUAUUUUGAUCUCAUAGAUUAUAUGUUUCCAUAUGGGCUACAAGUUUAUUUAGCACUGAUAAUACUCAUGUAUGAUAGUUAUGUAAACAAAGAGAGACACUAAAUGAAAAGAAAACAAAGCUUACCCCAUUUUAUCCCAUAUGCAUUUAUUUUUUCCAGACAGUUUUCAGCUAAAUUAUUCUCUUGGCUCACAUUUAGCUAAAAAAAACAAAAAAAAAACAGAAAGGAACCGAAAGUUUUGUCCAGACCACUUGUCUUCUUCUCUUCCUGUAUUCUUUGUACUACAACCAAAAUGGUACUCUUGUUAAAGACUACUGUACUGCCACACCAGUUAUCAAGUUUAAAAAAAACAAAGGCCACUUUUCAUUUUUGAAGAAAAUAAUAGGUAACAGAAGUCAUUGAUUGAUGUUAAUAUGAGCGUGAAUGCUUUUCUGUCACCAUUUGUGCCCUGUGAUUGGCUCCCAACCAGUCCGGGUAGAGUCUGCCUUUUUUCAGCUUGGAGAAGCUCCCACUGGACGGCCUAAAGACGAUCAUACAGAUAAUGAAUUAACAACCUGUCAUUUUGUCCUUUUUGUGUCUUCUUUUCACAUAAUUUCAAUGUAUACCCUUUGUUUUGCAAAUUUAAUUCUUUGUUCCAUUGAAUUUGAACCUUGUUCCCUUUCCCAGUGCCUAGAAAAGCUCAAAGUGAAUACAAGUCUAAAUCUGGGCAACAACUGGAACUGGCUGACCUGCUGCUGACAGUGAGUCAAUGGAUGGGUGCGACUGAGUCACAGAAAAUGGGAAAAAAUGAUAAAUAAAACACCAAGAGGUUGACUCAAAAGUAUGUCACGGAAUUAGAUGAAGGCAGAAGAAUGUUCCCAUCAAAAGUCUUGGGUCAAUUGGAUGUGUUUCAGAACUGACAAAUGAUCUUGUUUCUGAGGGAAAGCACUUAGACUCAACAUUUAAACUCACCAUCAUGAACAUCCAGUUCUCUGCUCGUGUCCAACGAGUGGACCCCUUCAACGGACGUUGUCAUCUGGAGACUCGUGUCUUGGACAGGCAGCCUGCUUGGCACGUUCAUAGCAUCAGUAACGGCCUCCUCACUGUUCAGAUCGACUCGUUCUCCACAUUGUUGAUCUUGAGCUCGUCUCCUGCUCGCAAGCGGCGCUCCCGUUCGUCUGCGAGGUGGAGCUUUGUCUUCCUCCUUUGAUUGAGGAGCCUCAUCGCUGUCAAGGUCUUUGGAAGCAGUGACAAAAUGUUGAUUUCACACCUUUAAGGUAGAAUCUACAUCAUUAUAAUAAUGAUUGGGUUUCAAAUGGGAAGACAGAUCCCAAAAAAGGGUAGGACAAUUAGAUUUUUGGAAAUUGAUGUUUUAAACUGACUAAGAGUUUAAUUCCAUAGUAAUCCAAUUAUGUUAAUUAAUUUGGUGUUUUUGCCAAGAUUUUGAUGCAUUUUUAAGUUCUUUUCCCCUUCAUGUUAAUCAAUUUUAAUUAUGUUUAUUGUUACACAUUAACCUGAAAUUUUGCUUAUUCCACAUGAUAGCCUCAAAGGUGUCCAACUUUUUUUAAUGUGUGAAAUUAUAAAGUAUACACAACAUAACUAUUUGAUAAUCAUUAAAGCUCUACCUUUGCUUUCCCCUCCAAGGUUCGCAUCAGACACCUCAGGUUCUGCAAUUAUGAUUAUUAUUACUAUUCAUUUGAUCUGAAGUUCAAAAUAUUUUCAGCAUUUUUCAUUUAUUAAACACCUGUAAUUUUGUCUUGGUUGGCGCUCUCCAAAGACUGAUCCUCUGAAAGAUCUGAAAAUUAAUGUUGAAAAAAAUGAGUUCAUAUUACUUUCAUUCUGACUCAUAAACUGUAGGAGUAUCGAGUACAGUACCUUGAGAAUCUUGACCUUUCUCUGGUUCACUUGGCGGGUUUCUGUGCCCUGCGAAAGAUGACUCAUAACACCAUGAUUUUAAAAAAAUCAUGUCACAAGCAUAACAAAACUGAAACUCGGUUUUGAUUUUGCCUCUACCAGAUGUGUGUAAUUCUUCUUAUCGUCUAUCAUCAUUUAUCGUUAUUCUUAUCAUCUGUCGAUUUCUCUCGAUGUCACAGACCUGUCAUAAUUGCAGGCAUGGUCUCUCCUGUUUUUGUGCUGAGGGCAUCUACAACAACAGAGAUGAACAAUUAAUGUUUUCAUUUUGUUCUAGGAGUUCAAAAUACUGACUAACAUCAAAAUACUGUACCAUAUAGUAAAAUCAAGAAGCAGGACAAUAACAAUAAAUGCUUUGAAAAGUC